UCAGAUGGAUGAAUAGCAGGUCUGUCCCGCCAGCUGUGUGCUCUCUCCCACCCAAAGAAAGCAGUAGAGACUCAGACAGCAAAGCCUAGAGUAGCCCACGCAGUCUGUUACUGGCACCCGGUGUGUGUGAAGGCACUUAAGGGCAGCAGCAUGGAAUCAGAAAGAGAAAUCAUCGACCUUCAACCUGCGAACCCCAACCCCAGGAGGAGUCAGCCCAUCAACCUGAACCAUUAUGCCACCAAGAAGAGCGUGGCCGAGAGCAUGCUGGACGUGGCUCUCUUCAUGUCCAACGCCAUGCGGCUGAAAGCGGUGCUGGAGCAGGGGCCGUCCUCGCAGUACUACGCCACCCUUGUCACGCUCAUCAGCAUCUCUCUGCUCCUGCAGGUCGUCAUUGGAAUCCUCCUGGUGGUCAUUGCACGGCUGAACCUCAAUGAGGUAGAAAAGCAGUGGCGACUAAACCAGCUCAACAAUGCUGCCACCACCUUGGUCUUCAUCACCGUUGUCAUCAAUGUCUUCAUUACAGCCUUCGGGGCACAUAAGACAGGGUUCCUGGCUGCCAGGACCUCAAGGAAUCCUCUCUGAACUCAGCUUUGAACCCAGGUACAUGAUCUGGAGCUGCUUCAGCCUCUUUCCUCCCUGAUCUGCCAGGCUGAUGGGCCCUUUCCACAGCCCCUCGGAGAGCUCCUGGAAGGGCAGUGUAGAUGCCUGCUUCCUACCCACAGCACCUGCAUGAAGAUGGGAUGCUCUACCAGUCUAGUGAAUUCCAUCUUGGCCUGGAGUCCUGAGCUCACCCUGGGGUAGUGCCAACCUUUCCUUCUGGUAGCUUCUCCUGCACCUGAAGUGUGUCUAUGUAAGGCCGAGUCCACCCAGCUUAAGGACUCUGGUUCUGACUACCCCAUUCCCUUCCUUUACCCCACCCCCACCCCCUCUGCU